AUUACUGCAAAAGUAGGGGGAGUGAAGUCAAGUAAUGUUCUUUCUUAACCGCCGUGCUCUUUCAGUGAAAUACAGAGGAAUAAAUUAAACGUAAACGCGGAGUUAUACUUUAUUGCCUCGCGGACUAUUGUCAUUUUAUACGUGCCUGUUUACUCCUUAGAAAAAAAUCACGUAGGAUUUGUUUUCCUCCCCCCUCUGCUUAAUAGUGUGGGAUCCUCCUUUUCUCUCGCAUUAGCGCCUUUCUGGUGCUGCAGUAUGAACGGACACACACAGCCAGACGGAUUGAACUAGUACUUGCGAAUUUCGGUUAAAAUGUUUUACGCUGGUGUGGGAUUUUGGACACGACUUCAAGCCGGACACGUGGAAUAAUAAACAUGUCAUCGUUUUGAAUUUAGUUCUGGGAAGUGCACAGGCAAACGCGUGUCCUUGUUUAUUGUAGGAUCCAUGAAAUAAAGGGUGAAAAUGACCUAUGGCGGAAGUUGAAUCGAAAACAGACAGACUCUGAGUGAGCUGGACGGGGCUUGUCCCAUAAUCCCUGCUUAUCGGGUCAAGGGACCAUGGGAGAUGGAGGCGUCAAUGCGGUGGGAGAAGGGGUGAAUCAGUCCCAUGUGCUCUUUGACCGCUUCGUCCAGGCCACCACCUGCAAAGGCACUCUCAAGGCUUUUCAAGAGCUUUGUGACUUCCUGGAACUCAAGCCCAAUGAAUACCGUGUGUUCUACCACAAACUCAAGUCCAAGCUCAACUACUGGAAAGCCAAAGCUCUCUGGGCCAAGUUAGACAAGCGCGCCAGCCACAAAGAAUACAAAAAAGGAAGGGCCUGUGCCAAUGCCAAGUGUCUGAUCAUUGGAGCUGGACCAUGUGGUUUACGUACAGCCAUAGAGCUGGGCUUCCUUGGAGCCAAGGUGGUUUUGUUGGAAAAGAGGGAUGCAUUCUCCCGAAACAAUGUGCUCCAUCUUUGGCCCUUCACCAUUCAGGAUCUGAGGGGUCUUGGAGCCAAGAAGUUUUAUGGCAAGUUUUGUGCUGGAGCCAUCGACCAUAUCAGUAUUCGCCAAUUGCAGCUGAUGCUCUUGAAGGUAGCUCUUCUCCUUGGCAUCGAGAUCCACGUAAACGUGGAGUUCAAAGGCCUCAUUGAGCCACCAGAAGACCAAGAGAAUGAGAGAAUUGGGUGGAGAGCCGAGGUCCACCCCAGAACACAUCCAGUCAAUGAGCUAGAGUUUGAUGUCAUAAUUGGGGCUGAUGGGAGGAGAAACACGCUGUCAGGGUUCAGGAGGAAGGAGUUCAGGGGCAAACUGGCUAUCGCUAUCACAGCAAACUUCAUUAACCGCAAUACGACUGCAGAAGCAAAGGUGGAAGAGAUCAGUGGAGUAGCCUUCAUCUUCAACCAGAAGUUCUUCCAAGACCUUAGAGAAGCCACAGGAAUUGACCUGGAAAACAUUGUCUACUAUAAGGAUGACACACACUACUUUGUAAUGACUGCCAAAAAGCAGAGCCUGCUGGAGAAGGGUGUCAUUCUACAUGACUAUGCCGACACAGAAAUGCUGCUCUCCAGGGCCAAUGUUGACCAGAAGGCUCUGCUCUCCUAUGCUAGAGAGGCAGCAGAUUUCUCUACCAAUCAUCAGCUUCCUAAGAUGGACUUUGCCAUCAACCACUACGGCCAACCUGAUGUCGCCAUGUUUGACUUCACCUGUAUGUAUGCCUCCGAAAACGCAGCACUCGUCCGCCAGCGCAACGGCCAUAAGCUGCUAGUAGCCUUGGUGGGGGACAGCCUUCUAGAGCCAUUUUGGCCAAUGGGCACUGGAAUAGCAAGAGGUUUCUUGGCAGCCAUGGAUUCAGCAUGGAUGGUGCGAAGUUGGGCUCAUGGAAGCUCCCCUCUGGAGGUCCUGGCUGAACGGGAAAGUAUCUAUCGACUGCUGCCACAGACGACACCAGAGAAUGUGAGUAAGAACUUUAGCCAGUACAGUGUUGACCCAACUACACGGUACCCCAACAUCAGCCUUCACCAAGUGAGACCCAACCAGGUACGGCAUCUGUUGGACACUGGAGAAACCAGGGAUUUGCGCGUUGACAUGGAGAAUGUGGUCAACUCUUCAACUCCUAAGCUCACAAGAAAUGAAAUUCUGCUUGAGAAGCAAUUGCAAGAGUCCAUUGUGCGCUCCAGUAAGCUGCUUAACUGGUGUCAGAGGCAGACGGAGGGAUACCGAGGUGUCAGUGUGUCUGAUCUCACCACGUCCUGGAAGAGUGGCUUGGCGCUGUGCGCGCUCAUCCACCGAUACAGACCAGACCUCAUUGACUUUGACUCGUUGGAUGAGAAAGACGUGGAGAAGAACAACCAGUUGGCUUUUGAUGUGGCGGAAAAGGAGUUUGGAAUUUCUCCCAUCAUGACCGGGAAGGAGAUGUCUGGUGUGGUGGAGCCUGACAAGCUCUCCAUGGUGAUGUACCUCAGCCAGUUCUAUGAAAUGUUCAAGGACACUGUGCCACCUGGUGAAAACCACAAUCUGAGCCCUGAGGAGAAGGCUGCGUUGAUUGCCAGCACUAAAUCACCCAUCUCAUUCUUUAGUAAACUGGGUCAAAGCAUCGCCAUCUCCCGCAAACGAAACCCCAAGGAUAAAAAAGAAAAGGAAUUGGAUGUACAAGGGAAAAGACGAAAGACUAGCCAGACUGGACAGUCAGAGGAUGAGGAGUUGCAGAGGGUUAAUCGAGACGAAAGGCCCUCUAUAGCUACAGCUCUGGUGGAACGUAAAAUCGACUCGGCUGCAGCAGCAAACAACAACAACAAAGUGAAGUCAAUGGCCACACAGCUGUCUAGCAAGUUUGAGGAGAAUGCUCCGACGCAGUCUACCGGACUCAAACGACAGGGGGACUCUAUGCCUAAUCUGGGGCUCCUACUGACCCCCUCUCCGCCUGCUCCCUCUCUGAAAGAGUCAGUGCGACUGGCUUCAGUCCCUGCAUGGAGGAAGGCCAGCAGCGGGACUGAGGUCUUGAGGAGCUGCCCUAAGAAAACCAUUCUCCUUUCUUCUUCCUCACCCUCAUCUUCCUCAUUCUCUUCAUCGUUUCUUCCACACACACAGGAAGAUAACCUGCCUAAUGUGGACAAGCCAGAGCCCAUACAUAUCCCUAGCAUUCAAGAGCGAACAGAGACUUUAGUCUCUAGGUUUAAAGGCAAGCCUGACAGGAAGGACAAGCCACAGGUUAUGAAAAAGCCAUCACAGUUCUUUAUUGAGCAGUGGCUUUUGACCCACGGCCUCAGCCCUGAGCAACCCCUCUUUCCUUCUGACCCCCAGCAUCAGCAGAGGCAGAUUUUACGUUCUGAUGAUCACGUGCCUUUACACAUUCCCAGCAUUCAGGAGCGAGCUGAGAGGUUAGCCUCUCAGUUUAAAGACAAACCAGCAAAGCCAAAGUCUAAGAAAAAGUCAUCACACUUCUUCAAAGAUCAGUGGCACAUCACGCGCUCUGUGAGCUCUGAUAGCCCUCUGCUUUCCCCCGGCUCUUUCCGGCAGCACUAUGUAAAGAUGUACACAGGGGGUGUGAGCUCACUGGCUGAGCAAAUAGCCAGUCAGCUUCAGGCAAAGGACGACCCCAGGCCCUUGCUUGAGAAAAGGGAUUUGGGUUCCUUGCGAAAGGAGUUUCCUCAGAACAUCGGUGGCAGUGAUGUGUGUUUCUUCUGUCGGAAACGUGUCUAUGUGAUGGAACGUCUCAGCGCGGAAGGAAAGUUUUUCCAUCGCAGCUGCUUCAAGUGCGACUACUGCGGCACCACCCUCCGCCUGUCCUCAUAUGCCUUCGACGUUGAGGAUGGGAAGUUUUACUGUAAACCGCACUACUGCUACCGACUUUCUGGUCUGGCACAGAGAAAACGGCCUGCACCUGCUGCUGCUCCCUCAAACCCCAAGGAGCCCCAGGUGUUGGCGGUAACCCCCAACACAGUGGAUGCCCCAGGCCAAGUCAUAACUUCUCAGGCCCCUGCGGAACGCCGGCCCUCAGUGACAGAGGUGAAUGGGGUUACGGAGCCCAGUGUGGCCAAACGUCUUAAAGGGACUCCAGAAAGGAUCGAGCUGGAGAACUACCGUCUAUCUAUGAUGAGAGAGGAGGAGCUGGAGGAGGUGCCCGAGGAGACACAGGCCGAGCACAACCUCAGCAGUGUGCUGGACAAAGCCACUGACGUUGAGGAGGGAUCCAGCAGCUCAGAGUCUGAUAUGGAGGAAGAGGAUGAAGAACCGGAAGCUGCUGGCCCGUCCGAUCUGGGUGGGGUGCCCUGGAAGGAGGCGGUAGAGCUCCACGCUAAACUAAAGGGAGAUAGCGACCCUGGCGCAGCUGAAGACGAUGAUGGCCUUCAUGGAGAGAUGGACGAGGAUGAAGAGGAGGAGGAAGAUGAGGAAGAUGAAGACGAGGAGGAGGAAGAGGAGGAAUCGAGUGAUGCGGGAGAGUAUUUGCCUUGGGAGAGGGAGCUUCAGUCAGGUCUUUGGUUGGAGAGUCUCGCAAAUGAAGAGGAUACGGGUAUAUUUAAAGCUAGAAACCUGCACAUCCAGCAAGCUAUUCAUCCAGUAGACCCUCUGGACAUCCAGAUGGACAAACACUGGACAUCCAAACAGGCUGAAGGGGUGGUGGAGGGCCCCUCGCUCUCACCCUUAGGUUCUCAGCCCUCGCUUAACACCCAGCUCACACAGCCCACCUCUUCCACAGCCCCCUCCCACAAAUCCGUGCGUCAUGAGGCUGUCAGAGCCUGGUUGGACUCGAUGUCUGAAGAGCCCUGUGAAGAUGAUGAUGAUGCAGAAGCGGGCAGUCCUGACUUUGAGCCGGGCACUGAAAUAGAUCAAGAUGACAUUCCCUCAGAUGCAGAGGCUGAAGCUCGUUCACAUUGCAUAGAUGAAGUGGUGAUGCUUCCAGUGGAUAAUGGCAAACCAGAGAGCCAGGGACAUGUUUUCAACACUGAGAAAACAUCUGCAAAUCCAAGGGAAUUGAUUGUGGACGUUGUGCUGUCUCCAAUCCAAAAACCUGCUUUACCCAUUGAGGAGAUGAAAGAAGUUUCUCCUGUAAUACUAGUCAAAUCUCCUGGUGCACGUUUCUUCCCUGAUCCCUUUCUACCUGAUAAUGCCAAACUGGACAUUCCCCCACCUCAGAGUCCUGAUACUAAAAGACCUCAUUCUCCUGUUGCUCAAAUUGUUGCACUAUCGCCCAUCUGCUCCCAACCUGUUCCACAACCAGAGACGGUGUCUCCCAAAUCACCUGUCCAGUCCCAGCCUUGUGCUUGUUCUCCAACAGGUAAUCCUUUAUCUCCAAUAUGUACCCAAUCACAACCCUGCCAUGAGCCACCCUCACCCCUCUCUUCAAGCUCCCCUGUAAGAACUCAGCCAGUCCCAGCAGUCACUUCCACUCCUUUGGCUAAACCUGCUUCUGAGAACCGAACCGAUGAAUCCGUGAAUGAUCCAGCACCCGAGGAAACCACAGUCAAGAAAACAGACCUCAUUGAGGAGUUCUGGUUGAAGAGCGCAGAGAUCAGAAAAAGUUUAGGACUCACGCCUCUGGAUCGAAGCAGAACAACAGUGGAUAAGAGCAUUGUGAAUGCUCCAACGCCUGAAUCAUCAUCUCCCAGGUCUUAUACCCCAGAGGACUUGUCUGAAGAGCAGAAGCCUACUAUCACGGGCCGUUCUAUCAUACGCAGGAUCAACAUUACUUUGGAAGGUCAGGUUAUAUCUCCGGUGGAACCAAAGAGUAAUGGUUCUGAGAAAAAGGACUUGAGCAGCAGUUCAGGGUUGGGUCUUAAUGGAAGCGUGACUACCAGUCAGACAGCAACUAGUGACAGCUACAACAACUCUGAUUCUACCAUGCUCACACCUCCUUCCAGUCCCCCACCACCUCCACCUAAUGAAGAGCCAGCUGCUCUCCAAAACAAAAGGCCUCAGGCUUCCUGGGACAACCUCCUUGAAGGCACUGAGGAACCCAAAUCUGAGACUACGCCUCCUAAACCUAAGACUACAGUUAGUCCCCCUCAACUAAAACCAGUUAUGGCUCCAGUGCCGACCCCUAGAACUAACCCACCUGUUGUGAUGAGGGUAAAGGAACCGAAUAAACCACGGCGCGAAGAAGUAAGGAAAUCGUUUGUGGAGUGCGUAGACGAGAUACCAUUUGCUGACGACGUUGAAGACACGUACGAUGAUCGCACUCCAGACACAAGUGGUCUGGAAAAAUUUUACACCCCGCCAACCAGCAAGAUCAACCGGGACAAGCCUCCUUUCCACUUGGCACUGGCAAUGGAAAACGGCAAGCCCAACAUUACUGGAGGGGUUUCUCGGACAGGAAAGAGUCCCCAACAAUUUUCUCCUGAAGCCAAGGAAAUCGCCGAAGAGCGAAUGAGGGCGCGGGAAAAGUCUGUGAAAAGCCAAGCUCUGAAAGAGGCCAUGGCCAAGCAGCUUAGUAAGAUGAAAGAAUCAGAGGCUGCCAAGGGUGCUGUGGCAAAAGUAGCCUGGAAUGUUCCAGAGACAACAGGAAAAAACAAAAAGCAACUAAACUCCCCCAAGGACUCUGCGGUGAAGGCCUUGGAGUCCAAAAAGCAGACAGACAUACUCCCUGACCGUUUCUUAACUACACCAGCCAGUAAGACCAUGGACAGUUCUGUCACAUCUUCAGAGAGCUCCACAGGAGGCAAAAGCAAGAAACGCAGCUCACUGUUUUCUCCACGCAAGAACAAAAAGGAAAAGAAAGCCAAAAAUGAAAGACUAUCUGGCACAGAGGAAACGCCACCCAAGCACAAGUCCCUGUGGAAGGCUGUAUUCUCUGGCUACAAGAAGGACAAAAAGAAGAAAGACGACAAGUCAUGCCCAAGCACACCCUCAAGCUCUACAACUGUAGACUCAGGGAAGAAGAAAGAAUCACCUCUGGAUAGGUCCUCAGAUUUACGUCUGAGGAGAAAUCUCAGCUUUUCUGAGGACUCUGAUCUCUCCUGUGACGAUGUUCUGGAAAGAUCAUCUCAGAAGUCCAAGGGUGAUCGCCAUGUGGACCUGUUUGACUUGGUGUCAGAUUUGAAAAAAGAGACAAUUAAAGAUGAAAAAUCCAAAGAGAAGGUUAAGGACAGGGCUAUGGAAAAAGGAAGAGUUACAGAAAAGGGCAAGGAAAGGUCAAAAGAGAGGGAGAAUGAACGAAGAGUCAAAGAAAAGAGGGUGAAAAUGAAGGAUAUGGAACAGGAGAAAGGAAAAGAGGAAGAGUCUGUUUAUGUACCUCAUGCAUUGGCGUUCAAGAGAUCGUAUGCCACAAAGAAGACGUACACGGAGGAGGAACUCAAUGCCAAACUGACAAGAAGAGUACAAAAAGCUGCACGGAGGCAGGCCAAGCAAGAGGAGCUCAAGAGACUCCAUAGAGCCCAGAUCAUUCAGAGGCAACUGGAGCAGGUGGAAGAGAAACAGAGGCAGUUAGAGGAGAGAGGUGUCGCAGUGGAAAAGGCGCUGCGAGGGGAAGCAGGGUUGUAUAAAGGUUCUAGUGUUAGUCCAAAACAGCGUAAGAGACGCUCAGACUAUUGGGGAGAGUCUAAUUACAGUGAGAUCCUGGAUUUGCAUCUGGGCGGAAUGGGUAAAAAGGACGAUCCAAAGCUGAUGCAGGAAUGGUUUAAACUGGUCCAGGAGAAGAAUGCCUUGGUGCGCUAUGAAUCGGAGCUGAUGAUAUUUGCUCGUGAGCUGGAGUUGGAGGACAGACAGAGUCGACUGCAACAGGAACUAAGAGAACGCAUGGCAAUAGAUGACCAUCUGAAGACUGAGGAAGAGCUGGCGGAGGAGAAACAGAUUCUGAAAGAGAUGUUAGAAGUAGUCGAACAAAGAGAUUCUCUAGUGGCCCUUCUGGAGGAGCAGAGACUCAGGGAGAAAGAGGAGGAUAAAGACCUGGAGGCAGUGAUGCUCUCCAAAGGAUUCAGCCUCAACUGGGCUUAACAUAACAACGGUGACAUGGUUCUGACUGCCAGCGUUUCCCAGUUCCACCGCAGGGAAUGUAAAAAAUUGCAGAAAGAAUCGGUCUGUCUCCCCCUUCGUUUCUUUGGGCAUGUCAACAACGUUUACAAAUCCACUCAUGAGCACGAUGAUGUUUACGAGUUCUCCUGGCACGACUCAGGGCGUUUUGUCCCUCGGCCGCCAAGGCAUUGGUUCCAUCCAAGACGUUCUCUCAGUCAGAAUGAGAGAAUGCAUCAAUUUCGGGAAUUUUUAUUUUGGUCUUGAAAAGGGACAUAUCAAUCCUGCUGAUGUUGAGGAAGUCUGAGACUAAUGAUCCUACAUAAAGCCAGUCUUGUUUUUCAGAGAAUGUCUGGUCAAUCAACUGUUACGUUUUCAGUGACGACAAGGCAUUUGGACUUGAUUUCCUAUAAUACAUUUUCUACCUUGACUACUGACUGAAAAAGUUCAGCUGUUUCUUUCCAAUCACACUCCUCCCCCGUUUAAUAUAACGCACUAUAAUCAUCAGACCUCCAUGCAACAGAAGAAUGAAGUCUUUAGGUGUGGUUCACAUAUAAGCAUGUGAUGGACUUCUGUAGUUUUCACAGAACACCCUCAGCGACCGGCACAUGUGUUUGUAGCAUUGACAAUUGUGAAAUUUUCGAAUUCGUCAGUAGCCACCUGUUAUUACAGAUAUUGGUGUACGCUGGGAGCGAAAAGUUCUCGAUGUUAUGUACUUCACUGAUGUUGGGUUUCAUUUGUCCAUUUGAGUGGGGUUACCUCACAUAUAUCCUAAAAACAGUUUACAAUCAUUUAUCAUCCAUGAAUAUCUGAUACUUGUACUAUAGUUUACAUAAAGCAGUGGAGUAUAUAUUAGUAUAUAAACUUCCUCAAUGCAGAUAGUUCAUAAGAAUAUAUAAAUAUAUACACACACAAUAUAUUCAAUCAAAUGCAUAAUGCAUUUUGUUGGUUUGUCAGUGGUUUCAAAAACAGUUAAGGCACCCACAGCUUUUCUGACUUUAUUUAGUAUCAAAUCAGAUGGUGCCCAUUUUCACACUUAAUUAUCUUCCACCAAGUUUUGGUGUUAUAUUUUCCACUUUCUCCAGGUUUGGAGCGACAUGCCUUUUUUUAACUUUUCAUGCAACGGCUCUUCACAACCACGGAGUUAAUUUAUGUUUGCAGAGUGUGUUAUUUAUAAUUGUCUUUGUAAAUUUUUAUAUCACAUGAAAACGUUCCAGCACUGUCGACCGACACCAGUGCUGAUUAACACCAGGAGCUCGUAGUAGUCAUGCUCGAUUUGGAACAGGAAACAUCGAUAUUGCAAAUGAACAUGCCUUUUUUUCUAAGUGUACAUUUCAUUUUAGUCACUGUUAAGCUGUAUAGAUGGGCACAGAUUUUUUUUUUUCUUUUUGUUUGUUUGACUUGUAAGUACAGAUAACUGUGAAUGACAACACAUGGUCAACGCUAGUUAUUUAGACUGUAAAAUGUUUGACAGAUUUUAUGGUAUUUAUUAACGUGUGAAAAAUGUAUUAUAUGUAAAGUAAAUCAAUCCUAAUUUUUAAAAAAUAUGUUGGGUCUUGAAAAUGCUUUAUGUUGCUAAUUUGCAUAUAGAGUGUUGGAUGUUUGCAGAGGCAAUAAACAAUGCAGUUGUUACAAA